GCCGGGAAAGCUCGUCGUUGAAUACUGUAGCUAUCACUACGAUGUCCUGCAUGUAUCUGUCUUUACAAGCAAUCGAAUUAUCAACCUUCUCAUGUAGCAAGCUGCUUACCUGAAACCUCAUUUUGGGAUAGAGUGAUAGUAGAAGUCUCAUUUCAGUAUGAAUGAGCCAGAGGGACUGCGGUUCAGGAGGCUGAACAGACCACAGAUUAUCACAGACGAAUUACAGGAACCCCAAUACAAGGGCACCAGUACCUACAGUGGAAAGGUAUUCCGUGUGACCCUGGUGACCCUGGGAGGAUGCCUGAUCCUUCCAUUGCUUGUAGUCUUUUUCCUGCUCGAGUCUCCUAUUCACCCUGAGCUGCUCAGCCUCAAUGAGCCUCCCCUUAUGUCUGGGUGUUACGAGCCCAACUUUAAGCUGAGGGAGGCACAGCGGCUGUUUGAGGACCAGCUUGUUGGCCCAGAGUCCAUUGCCAACUUCGGAGAUGUGAUUUACACAGGUACGGCUGACGGGAAGAUAGUGAAGAUUGAAGGCAAGAGCAUCACUGUUAUAGCCAGACUUGGCAAGCCACCGUGUGAUGGAUCCCGUGAGCAGGAGCCUAGCUGUGGACGACCCCUGGGUAUCAGAGUGGGUCCUAACGGCACCCUGUUUGUAGCUGAUGCCUAUCUGGGGCUGUUCGAGGUCAACCCUGUCACAGGUGAGGUGACCAACCUGGUGUCGGCUGGGCAGAUGGUUGGGGGCCGGAGGCUCUCCUUCGUCAAUGACCUGGAUGUAACACAGGAUGGGAGGAAAGUGUACUUCACAGACUCUAGCAGCAGGUGGCAGCGCAGAGACUACCUUCAUCUCAUCAUGGAGGCCACAGCAGAUGGACGUGUGUUAGAGUACGACACAGAGACCAAGGAGGUAACCGUGUUGAUGGAGAACCUUCGUUUUGCCAACGGGAUCCAGCUUUUCCCUGAUGAGGAGUCUGUGCUGGUGACUGAGACUACCAUGGCUAGGAUUCGCAGGGUCCAUGUGUCAGGUCUAAAUAAAGGAGGAAUGGACACGUUUAUUGACAACCUGCCUGGUUUCCCUGACAACAUCCGUCGCAGCUCUUCUGGAGGGUACUGGGUGGCCAUGUCAGCGGUGCGGCCCAACCCUGGCUUCUCCAUGCUGGACUUCCUGUCCCAGAAGCCCUGGAUCAAGAAGCUCAUCUUUAAGGUAGAUGAUAUGACAAGACUUGAUAUCAUAUGGCGUUAUAUUAUAUAAAACCAAUAGCUUUGUCCAUUUACAUGGAAGUUUUAAAAAAUACUACAGGGAGAACAAUUUGCAUGUCCAAUUUACUGUGACUGAGUCUGGUCUUCAUUGCUGUUAGUCAGAUUUUUCUGUGUUUUUACAUACAAGGGUUUACAGUGCCUU